AUGUCAAGGAAUACAACAACCAUUAGUGUGAAAGUGGUUGCUGCUGAAUCACUUUAUAAAAGAGAUGUAUUUCGUCAACCUGAUCCAUUUGCAGUUAUAACAGUUGAUGGAUCACAAACUAAAACAACAAAAACUGCUAAAAAAACUUUAAAUCCUUAUUGGAAUGAAACUUUUAAUUUUCAAGCAACUGAAGAUUCAAUAUUAGUUAUACAAGUAUUUGAUCAAAAAAAAUUUAAAAAAAAAGAUCAAGGAUUUUUAGGAGUUGUUAAUGUAAGAAUUGGUGAUUUAAUUAAUUUUGGUUUACCAAAUUCAGAAGAAACUAUUACAAGAGAAUUAAGAAAAUCUAUGGAAAAUGUUGCUAUAAGUGGUAGAAUAAUAGUUGUUAUUUCUCAUAACAGAAGUGGGUCCGCAGCUACAACAAAUGGAACUUCCAGUACUACUACAGCAGCAAAUAGAUCAAGUAAUGGUCAUAGUAGCAGUAGUAAUAGAAUAGCAUCUUCAAAUGGAACAUCUAAUGGAGUUAAUAAUGUACCAACAUCAUCUGAUCCUUCAUCUUCAACACCAUCAGCUUCAACAGUUAAUAACUCAGCUGCUGCAAAUGCUUCGGCUUCACAUAGACAAUAUUCAUCAUUUGAAGAUCAAUAUGGAAGAUUACCACCAGGUUGGGAAAGAAGAACAGAUAAUUUCGGUAGAACUUAUUAUGUUGAUCAUAAUUCAAGAACUACUACUUGGCAAAGACCAACUUUAGAUCAAAGUGAGAGUGAAAGGGGUCAACAAAGACAAAAUGAAACAGAUGCAGAAAGAAGACAACAUCGUGGAAGAACAUUACCUGGAGAAAUGCCAACAUCUCCAUUACCAGCAAGUAAUAAUAAUUCAAUAACAAGUGGUAAUGUAACGGUUAAUUCUACUGGAUCAAAUACUCCAGUAAAUCCAGCAGCAGCUGUUUCAAUGGCUGCAUCAGGUGCAACUACAUCAGGAUUAGGUGAAUUACCAUCAGGAUGGGAACAACGUUUUACAAAUGAAGGUAGACCAUAUUUUGUUGAUCAUAAUACAAGAACUACUACAUGGGUUGAUCCAAGAAGACAACAAUAUAUACGUACAUUUGGACCAAAUACAACAAUACAACAACAACCAGUAUCUCAAUUAGGUCCAUUACCAUCUGGUUGGGAAAUGAGAUUAACAAAUACUGCAAGAGUUUAUUUUGUUGAUCAUAAUACUAAAACUACAACAUGGGAUGAUCCAAGAUUACCAUCAUCAUUAGAUCAAAAUGUACCACAAUAUAAACGUGAUUUUAGAAGAAAAGUUAUAUAUUUUAGAUCACAACCAGCAUUAAGAAUAUUACCUGGUCAAUGUCAUAUUAAAGUUAGAAGAGAUCAUAUAUUUGAAGAUUCUUAUCAAGAAAUAAUGAGACAAACUCCAGAAGAUUUGAAAAAGAGAUUAAUGAUAAAAUUUGAUGGUGAAGAAGGUUUAGAUUAUGGAGGUGUAUCAAGAGAAUUUUUCUUUUUAUUAUCUCAUGAUAUGUUUAAUCCAUUUUAUUGUUUAUUUGAAUAUAGUUCUCAUGAUAAUUAUACUUUACAAAUUAAUCCAAAUUCAAGUAUAAAUCCAGAACAUUUAAAUUAUUUUAAAUUUAUUGGUAGAGUUGUUGGAUUAGGUGUAUUUCAUAGAAGAUUUUUAGAUGCAUUUUUUGUUGGUGCAUUAUAUAAAAUGAUGCUACAUAAAAAAGUUGUAUUACAAGAUAUGGAAGGAGUUGAUGCAGAAUUUUAUAGAUCAUUAAAAUGGAUAUUAGAUAAUGAUAUAACUGAUAUAUUGGAUUUAACAUUUAGUACAGAAGAAGAAAUAUUUGGAGAUAGAGUUGAAGUAGAUUUAAAACCAAAUGGUAAAGAAAUAGAAGUAACAGAAGAAAAUAAACAUGAAUAUGUUGAAUUAAUAACGGAAUGGAGAAUAAGUAAAAGAGUUGAAGAACAAUUUAAAGCAUUUAUUGAUGGAUUUAAUGAAUUAAUACCACAAGAAUUAGUUAAUGUAUUUGAUGAAAGAGAAUUAGAAUUAUUAAUUGGAGGAUUAGCUGAAAUAGAUUGUGAAGAUUGGAAAAAACAUACUGAUUAUAGAGGAUAUCAAGAACAAGAUCAAGUUAUUCAAUGGUUUUGGAAAUGUAUUAAUGAAUGGGAUUCAGAACAAAAAGCAAGAUUAUUACAAUUUACAACUGGAACGUCAAGAAUUCCAGUUAAUGGGUUUAAAGAUUUACAAGGUUCAGAUGGUCCUCGUAGAUUUACAAUUGAAAAAGCAGGAGAACCAAAUCAAUUACCAAAAUCUCAUACAUGUUUUAAUAGAGUUGAUUUACCACCUUAUGAAAAUUACGAACAUUUAAAACAAAAAUUAUCUUUAGCUGUUGAAGAAACAGUUGGAUUUGGUCAAGAAUAG